UGUCCUUUCCCUUCUCUUCUCUUCACGCUCUUCUUUUCUUUCUUCUUUCUUUUCCUUUUGCUUUCCUUUCGAUUUGAAUGCGGGCCUGCAACUUAUAUGCGCACGCCAUCAUCUCCACCACCGCUGUCUGAUCCAACUGCUUCGUUUCGCGACGACCCAUAUCGUUGUCGCCGGACGUCUCACGCUCGCCAAGGUUCGCUUUAAUCCCCACAGCAAAUAAUGAAAAACAGUAACGCCAAAAGACAGGAUGCUGCUGCUACUACCACUACCACUACCACGGGUGCUGCAGCUGUUGCAGAACCCUCGUCAGAAAUAUCAGAUGCGGUGACGCUGGCACUUGAGGAACCCGCCGGUCGAACACACUCCUAUCUGCCAUAUACCAACCACGCGCCCGAUAUCUCCAAAGCACGCUAUCAUCUCUAUUGCGAAGACGACGAUGAUCGACCCGCCAACAGUCUAAUGACCACGACGGCUCGCAUGAUGCCUCCCAACAGUGCAUCCAGCCAGCACCUCGGCAGUUUAAUCACCGAACCCACUGUGCUAAACGAAGAAGGCAUGAUAAACAACAACAACAACAACGAUGAAAAGAAUCUAGCAGGGUCACUGACCGAUCUCCGCCGGUUCAACAAUCGACGGCAACGCAAAGGAUUCGUCAGGCCACUUGUACUUGUUGUCUUUGUCAUUUGCCUGCUGCUCGGUCUUGCAUUCUUUUUUUGUUGGCCACGGAUACCCAAGAUCCGACUGGCACCGCAAGCAGCAGCGGGCCGCACGCGACGACCGGACGAUCAAACUGACUGGGGACCCGAUCAGCAACACCCUUGGCUCAGGACGUCGUGGAUAGUCAACGUUACACUAGACAACCAUGACAACUUUAUCCCCACGCACGUGAGCACCCUCGAGCUUGUUUUGGCAGAUCAGGUCACCCAGCAACCUUUCGCACGGUCGGUUCUGCAUGGCCUGACAUUGUCCCCUCGGGCAGAAACAUUGCUGAACACACUGUUUGAGGUCGAGUAUGAAACGCCGUCGAUCAAGGAUCCGACGUUUGAACAUUUGUAUAAUGCGUGCGGGCCACAGAAAAUCAGUGCUCUGGCGUCGCCGGCUCUUAAUAUCACACUGCAGGCAACGUUUGAAAUACCGGGGAUCGCUUGGAAGCCGAUGGUCUUCAUGGAUGCACCCUUACCGAACGGGUUUCGAUGUCCAAACAACUGAAUGUAAUACUUUACUACUACUUUUACUAUCAACUGAUGUCCACAUUCAUCAAUUAUUUUAAUCACACUCCUUGUUGCUGCAUUUAAAUUAGUGCGAUUACCCUAAACGACGACAAUAAAUUUUUUUCAUGUCAGUGUCAAAGCGUUUCCCCCCCAUGCUUCUUCCCUCCCCUCC